AUGCCCAGAGCCCUGACCAGCUGGGGACCCAUUCCUGGGACUGUCGUUUUGUGUCUCCUCCGCUACCUUCCCCUCUCCCCGAGUCCCCACAUUCUGAACACAGGCUGGUGUCUCUCCAGGUACACGGCGGAUCUUCUGAAGAUAUUGGAAGUCAAUUACAGCAUCCCCUCCGUCUGCUUCACUUACCCUCCCACUGCAUCUCAGCUUCUGAGAGCAUUGGGCCCUAUGGAAAUUUCCCUCACGGGCAUCAUGACCUUGCUUGUCCUGGGCUCGGUCACCAUCUUCCUGGAGACUGCUGUCUACCUGUACAAGAACACUCGCUGCCCCAUCAAGAGGAAGACUCUUCUCUGGAGCAGCUCUGCCCCCACGAUAGUGUGUGUGUUCUGCUGCUUUGGUCUCUGGAUUCCUCGUGCCCUGAUGCUCGUGGAAAUGGCCAUAGCCUCGUUUUUCGCGAUGUGCAUUUACCUGCUGAUGCAGGUCAUGGUGCAAGGCUUUGGUGGGCAGGAGGCAGUGCUGAGGACACUGAAGGACACCCCAGUGAGAGUCCACACAGGCCCCUGCUGCUGCUGCUGCCCCUGCUGCCCCAAACUCAUACUCACCAGGAAGAAGCUUCAGCUGCUGAUGUUGGGCCCCUUCCAGUAUGCCUUCUUGAAGAUAGCACUGACCCUGGUGGGCCUGUUUCUCAUCCCUGACGGCAUCUACAUCCCAGCAGAUAUUUCUGAGGAGAGCACAGCUCUAUGGAUCAACACUUUCCUCGGUGUGUCCACCCUCUUGGCUCUGUGGGCCCUGGGCAUCAUUUUCCGUCAAGCCAAGCUGCACCUGGGUGAGCAGAACAUAGGAGCCAAAUUUGCUCUAUUCCAGGUGCUCCUUAUUCUGACUGCUCUGCAGCCAGCCAUCUUCUCAGUUUUGGCCAAUGGCGGGCAGAUUGCUUGUUCGCCUCCCUUUUCCUCUAAAAUCAGAUCUCAAGUGAUGAACUGCCACCUCCUCAUCCUGGAGACUUUUCUGUUAACCGUGCUGACACGAAUGUACUACCGAAAGAAAGAUGACAAGGUUGGAUAUGAAACUUUCUCUUCUCCAGACCUCGAUAUGAACCUCAAAGCCUGAGGUGGAUGGCUUGGGCAGUGAAAGACACACAGUACUCAUUAGACGGGUACAAGAUUUCCUUAUAGUCCUUCAAUCUUGACCAAAUGGGGAUGGAUUCCAUUGUCAGCAUGAGCUGGCAGAUUAUGGAUACUGGAUCAUAGAGAUGAAGGUGAACUAUGCAAUAGGAUGAAAUUGUUUAGGAUCUUGUCUGGGGAAUGUACAUUAAGUUUUAUAAUAAACACACAGGAUGGAGUUUGAUAUUCUAUAC